UCAGUGGAUAGCUAAAUAAUACGAACUUUAAGUCCUGUUGAAUUAACAAAAAAAAGUAAACUUCUGAAAGUAGACGCGCGCACAAGGCGGCGCUGGACGUGUCAGAGACAGGUGGGGCCGACUUUCUGUGGUCAACCACAAGCGAGGGGGAUUCCACGUUCCACAGUUCAUCCCUGUUUCAAGGGCUACAGUCCUUUCAGAGUGGCUGAUGCCACUUCUCGCAUGGCUCAUGGUGUUGAUUACGUCCAGUGAGCCUCCAGGCAUGGGCUUCGCCGGGGACCCGGCUGCUACUCGCAGCGAUAUUAUUAAUAACUAUGAAAAAUGGAAACAGAAAUAUCAAAAGAGGAAGGCUAAGAAGAAGCUGUGGAGGAUGAAACGAAAACCCGAGUGGCUGCUGGAGAGGGAGCAGAUCGCCAAGUUGGUUCGUCGCUAUUCGCAGAUAAAUGCCAAUGCGAUACUGCAAUUUUCAGAUUUUCCGUUGUCCAAAAAAACUAUUAAAGGCUUGAUGGAGGCGGAAUUUCGCCUGCCAACUGAAAUACAGAAGCAGACAAUUGGCCUCGCCUUGCAGGGCAAAGAUGUACUUGGUGCUGCAAAAACUGGAUCUGGAAAGACAUUGGCCUUUCUUAUUCCUGUACUGGAAUGUCUUUAUCGUCAGCAAUGGACUUCAGAAGAUGGAAUGGGUGCUCUCAUUAUAUCACCCACCAGAGAAUUGGCUUAUCAGACCUUUGAAGUCCUUCGGAAAGUGGGGAAAAACCAUGAAUUUUCAGCUGGACUCAUAAUAGGAGGGAAGAAUUUGGAAGGAGAAUCAGCGAGGAUCCAUCAGACUAAUAUUGUCAUCUGUACUCCUGGCCGUCUCCUGCAACAUAUGGAUGAGACUUCGUAUUUCCAUGCUUCUGACCUUCAGAUGCUUGUGUUGGAUGAAGCUGAUAGAAUUUUGGAUAUGGGAUUUUCUGAGACGAUGAAUGCCAUUGUUGAAAAUUUGCCCAAGAAACGCCAGACGUUGCUUUUCUCAGCAACACAGACCAAGUCUGUGAAGGAUUUGGCACGACUGAGUCUGAAGGACCCAGAAUAUGUUUGGGUGCAUGAAAGAGCUAAAUUCAGCACCCCCGGAACACUGGAACAGAACUACGUGGUUUGUGAGCUGCACCAAAAAGUAAACAUGUUGUAUUCAUUCGUGAAGAAUCAUCUAAACAAGAAGACGAUUGUCUUUUUCUCAACCUGCAAACAAGUCCAGUAUUUGUUCCGGGCAUUCUGCCGUCUGCGUCCCGGAUUACCAGUCCUUGCACUUCAUGGCAAGCAACAACAGAUGAAACGAGUUGAGGUCUACAAUGAUUUCUGCCGGAAAAAAGCUGCUGUCCUGUUUGCAACGGAUAUUGCUGCUCGAGGACUUGAUUUCCCUGCUGUGAACUGGGUUCUUCAAUUGGAUUGUCCAGAGGAUGCUAAUACUUACAUUCAUAGAGCUGGGAGGACAGCCAGGUACAAGGAAGGAGGUGAAGCUUUGCUUGUUUUACUUCCAAAUGAAGAAAAGGCCAUGGUGAAACAGCUGGAAGAGAAGAAAGUCCCUAUCAACAAAAUAAAAAUCAAUCCUGCAAAACUGACAAAUAUACAGGCAAAAUUGGAAGCUUUUUUAGCUCAAGAACAAGAGCUGAAGGAAAGAGCACAACGAUGUUUUGUAUCCUAUGUGCGAUCGGUCUACCUGAUGAAGAACAAAGAUGUUUUUGACGUUUUCACACUAUCUUUAAAGGAAUAUGCUUUCUCCUUGGGUCUUGCUGUUCCUCCCCGAAUUAGAUUUCUUCAGAAAGCACAAAAAGAAAGAGAAAUGCUUUCUAUGAGCAAUAUAGCCGAAGAUAGUGAACCAGCUGUUGUGAAUGAUACUGCAGCAGAAAGCUCUCAAGAAGGAGCUGAUGACGAAUUAGAAGACUUUAAGGUUCUAUUUCGGGAACAGACCUCUUCCCAACAAGAGCCCAAGAAGAAGACCAAAGAGAAAAUAGCUAGCAAGGACAAGUUAUGCUUUCUGGAUGAUUCCAUUGAUAAGAACGAUCCAAGCACUGAAGAAGAGGAGGAUAAACAAGAAGCAGCACUCCAGUUCAUUGAUGAUGAUGAUGAUGUUUUUGAUGACCAUGAUGAUUCCAGCCUUCUUGUAGUGAAGCGGAGAAAUGUUUUCGGCUUUAAAACAGAAGAAAUUGAAGAAACUGAAGAAGAAACAGUACCUCAGAAAGAAAAAUUAAAGAAAACGACAGCAAAGAAAACAAAAGUCAAAGAAGCAAAGAAAGUUUUGAAGAAGAAAUUUAAAGUGAAUACAAAAAUAAUUUUUGAUGAAGAAGGAGAGGUGGCUCAGCAGUGGCCACCCAUGCAAAAAAGCAAAGUGGAGAAUAUCACAGACGAUGAUGAUGCAGGGGGAAUAAAUAUGGAGAUGGCGAAAGAGAGGCUUCGUAAGGAGGAUAAAUAUGACAAAGAAGAGUACAGAAAAAAAAUAAAAGAAAAACACAGGGUAAAGAGGCUUAAGGAAAGAGCAGCAAGAAAGGCCACGAGAAGGAAAGAUCAAUCUGAAGAGGAGGCUGUUGCUUACCUGGAACGGAGUGACGGGGAGGAAAGUUUUGAUCCUUCUGAACUUCCUGAUCCUGAUAAAUGUAGAGACUCCGAUGAGAACGAUGACAGUAGUGUUUCGGAAUCUGAAGACUAUUACAGCAAAUCAACUGAAGUAAAAGUCAAAAGGAAGAGAAAUGAUAGCAGCAGCAGCCAUGAGGAAUGCAAGGAGAUGACAGCAGCUCGGCAGAAGAGAAUGAAGUCUGAAAUUGAUUCUGAUGAGCAUAGGCCACUGGACACUGGCCUGUCCCUGGCAGAAGAUGAAGAGCUAGUACUUCAUUUGUUGAACAGCAGAAACUAAUUGCAAUCUCUAGGCAGCUUUACAGGUCGGCCCUUUUACUGUGCUAGCCAUGUUCCUGCAGUUGCAAUCAAACCAGAGCAGGUGGGCCUGUCUGACAGUGAUGAAUGCUUUCUGAGUGGGGUUGCUGCAGAUCUGUAGAUGUCUGCCAGAACACUGCCUACUCUGUAGCAGUGGUGAAAAAUCUUGCACUCUAUAGAAGACAUUGAGGCUUUGCUUUAUUGGAAAGCUUUUCUCAUUAGUAUGUCAGAUUUAUAUAACUGACAUCCUCUUACGUGUUUUAAUUCCAAGUAGACAAUUGGUGGUCUCCUAUCGAAAGACCAUUUGAGAAAAUAAAGUCAGCAGUCAGAGCAUACUUUAUUAUGGAAGCUUUUAAUCAAUUUUCAUACAGUAAAGCAAUGUGUAGAUACUGAUAUUAUCUUGUACCUUGAAAAUGAAAAUAACUGGACAAAAGUAAAUUUUUCAGAUUAAAAUGUACUUAAUAAAUUUCAGGAGUUGGUUUUAUAAA